CUACCGACCAUCAUGCCUGCAAAAGUAAAGCGCUGCAGCGGCAAGCAAGAGACAGCCAAACCUCUCACCCAUUCUCCUACAAAACCAGUCCACGCAUCACGGAACCGGGACUCCUCUGUUUGAGAGCGGUCUUGCAGCAUUGGACAUUGCGUUAAAAAGUCUUACCUUGGAGGAGAACUGUGGGGCCGUGAUUUUCUCAAAAGCCUUCCAAGUGGGAUAACUGCAGGUUUCUCAAGGUUUGAACCAGAUCUGUGGGAGAUUUGAGGAGGACAUGUUUGUGCCCGGAAGAAGGAACUGUUUCCGCUGUUAGGAGCAGCACCACUGCCCUCAGAUCAGCUCCUACAGCCCAGAAGAGCCUCCGCCCCUGACUGAAGGGAGAUAACCUGCGAAGUGCUGCACGGAAUGCAACGGGAAUGACUUGUGCCCGGGGCUCCGCCUCUGCCGCGCGCUCAUUGGAUGACCUUUGCCACGCCUGGGAGCUGACCACGCCCCUUUGCUGCUACCUCUUUUCUCAGUACACCAUUUGGAAAUUCAGAACUUAAAAGUUUGUGAGGGGGAGGGGGGAGGGGUUUGGAGGACGGGCGGGGCGCUUAGCGGGGAUUUGGCGGUGGGAGAAGUUGAGGUGCGAGGUUUCAGGUCCACCCAGGUCCAUGGUUUCCUCCUGCCCAGGCCAGUCCCACCACCUGUCUGCAAUGGUGACAUGAGGAAGGGCGCCCCCUGCCUGAGGAGCUGGCUCAUUGCGCCUGCAGUAUUAGAGUGACUGUCGCUGGCUUCGUUCGGCUGGCCUGUGUGCACUGAGGCGGGCGGUGGGAUUUUCAGGCCCCUUUCGCGCUCGCGCGCAGGUGGAGGCGGGACCUUUCGCGGGCGGUCGCGGGGGGGCGGGUGGACCAUGCUGGCGUGCGGGCGGCUACGGCGGCUCUACCGCCAGCUCACCCUCCAGACCGGCCUGCUUCUCCUCUUCCUCUUCUGCAUGGUCAGCGUGGUCGUCUCCGCCUACUUCCUGUACGGGGUCAAGCGGGAGCUGGAGCCGGCGGGGGGCGGGGCGGGGGCCGAGGGGACGGCGGACUGCGACGACCCCCGGGCCACGCCCUCGCGUCUCCUCCCGCUGAAGACGGUGCGGCCCUCGGACACGUCGCGCACGGACCCCGUGGUGCUGGUGUUCGUGGAGAGCCUCUACUCGCAGCUGGGCCAGGACAUCGUGGCGGUCCUGGAGUCCAGCCGCUUCCGGUACCGCACCGAGAUCUCGCCGGGCAAGGGCGACAUGCCCACGCUCACCGACAAGGACCGCGGCCGCUUCGCGCUGGUCAUCUACGAGAACAUCCUCAAGUACGUCAACCUGGACGCCUGGAACCGCGAGCUGCUGGACAAGUACUGCGUGGAGUACGGCGUGGGCAUCAUCGGCUUCUUCAAGGCCAAUGAGAACAGUCUCCUGAGCGCCCAGCUAAAGGGCUUCCCCCUGUUCCUCCACUCCAACCUGGGGCUGAAGGACUGCAGCGUCAACCCCAAGUCCCCGCUCCUCUUCAUCACCCGAGCGGGCCAGGUGGAGCACGGCCCGUUGCCCGGCGACGACUGGACCGUCUUCCAGUCCAACCACUCCACCUAUGAGCCGGUGCUACUGGCCAAGACCAGGUCUGCAGAGAGCGUACCGCCUGUGGGCGGAGUCUCUGUGGCCGCCCCGCCCCUCCACACCUCCGUGGUGCAGGACCUGGGCCUCCACGACGGCAUCCAACGGGUGCUCUUUGGCAACAACCUCAACUUCUGGCUGCACAAGCUGGUCUUCGUGGACGCCGUGUCCUUCCUCACGGGCAAGCGCCUCUCCCUCUCGCUCGACCGCUACCUGCUGGUGGACAUCGACGACAUCUUUGUGGGCAAGGAGGGCACGCGCAUGAAGGUGCCCGACGUCAAGGCUCUGGUGGAGACACAGAACGAGCUCCGGUCCCAUGUGCCCAACUUCACCUUUAACUUGGGCUUCUCAGGGAAGUUCUUCCAUGCAGGUACGGAUGAGGAGGACCUGGGGGACGACCUGCUGCUGUCCUAUGGGAAGGAGUUCUGGUGGUUCCCCCACAUGUGGAGCCACAUGCAGCCCCACCUCUUCCACAACCACAGCGUGCUGGCCGAGCAGAUGCAGCUCAACAGGAAAUUUGCCGUGGACCACGGCAUCCCCACUAACAUGGGGUACGCCGUGGCACCCCACCACUCUGGGGUGUACCCCGUGCACGUGCAGCUGUACGAGGCCUGGAAGAAGGUUUGGGGCAUCAAGGUGACGAGCACGGAGGAGUACCCCCACCUCAAACCCGCCCGCUUCCGCCGUGGCUUCAUCCACAGCGGGAUCAGCGUCCUGCCCAGGCAGACGUGCGGCCUCUUCACACACACCAUCUUCUACAGCGAGUACCCAGGGGGGCCCAAGGAGCUGGACAAACUGAUCACUGGAGGAGAGCUUUUCCUCACCGUCCUCCUCAAUCCUAUCAGCAUCUUCAUGACUCACCUGUCCAACUACGGGAACGACCGGCUGGGCCUCUACACCUUCCGGAAGCUGGUGAAGUUCCUGCAGACCUGGACGCACCUGAAGCUGCAGACGCUGCCACCCGUGCAGCUGGCCCAGCGAUACUUCCAGAUCUUCCCCGAGGAGAGGGACCCGGUCUGGCAGGACCCCUGCGAGGACAAAAGGCACAAAGACAUCUGGUCCAAAGAGAAGACUUGUGACCGUUUCCCCAAGCUGCUCAUCAUUGGUCCACAGAAGACCGGCACCACUGCUCUAUAUCUCUUCCUGGGCAUGCACCCCGACCUGACCAGCAACUACCCUAGCAAGGAGACCUUCGAGGAGAUACAGUUCUUCAAUGGCCACAAUUACCACAGAGGAAUCGAUUGGUACAUGGAGUAUUUCCCCUUGCCCUCCAACACCAGCUCGGACUUCUACUUCGAGAAAAGCGCCAACUAUUUUGACUCUGAGGUGGCAGCACAUCGGGCAGCGGCACUCCUGCCCAAAGCCAAGAUCAUCACCAUCCUGAUUAACCCAGCUGACCGGGCCUACUCCUGGUACCAGCACCAGCGUGCCCAUGAUGACCCAGUGGCUCUGAGGUACACCUUUCAUGAGGUCAUCACUGCUACCCACAAUGCACCACUCAAACUGCGGGUCCUACAGAACCGCUGCCUGGUGCCAGGCUGGUACAGCACUCAUCUGGAUCGCUGGCUCAGCCACUACCACCCCAGUCAGGUUCUGGUGCUGGAUGGACAGAUGCUCAGAACAGAACCUGCCGCAGUGAUGGAUAAGAUCCAGAGGUUUCUGGGACUCGUUAACACAGUCAACUACCAGAAGAUCCUUGCGUUCGACCCUAAGAAGGGCUUCUGGUGUCAGCUGCUGGACGGAGGCAAGACCAAGUGUCUGGGGAAGAGUAAAGGAAGGAAGUAUCCCGACAUGGACUCUGACUCUCGAGCCUUCCUGAAGGAGCACUACCGGGACCAUAACAUUGAGCUGUCCAAGCUGCUGUACAGGAUUGGCCAGCCGCUACCCAGCUGGCUGAGGGAGGAGCUGCUCAGCUCCAGGUAGCAGGAGCCGGGGGGGGGGGGAUGCGACCGACCAUCGCCACACCCAACCAGGAGAUGAGAAGACUGAUGGACAGGAGCCCGUCCCUCCCCCCUCUCUGCCCACAGCCAAUCAGAGGCACCCAGAGAUCUUCCCUCGGCCAAUCGGAGGCGCCCAUUGACCUUCCCUCAGCUAGGGGCCUGGGAUGGAUAGGUGGGGACGGGAAGAAAACAGCGAGGCUGCAAGCCAGAGACUCAUUUACUGAGAAAGACUGUUGCACGCCCCCAGUGGAGGAGGGGGAGGGGGGCAGAGACACUGCACAAUGUGCACUGGACAGCGGGGGCUGGGGGAUUGAGAUAAAGGUUUAUUUUCUGUCCAAAUUUAAUGAUGCAGCCCUCUCCUUCCCCUGCCCCAAAUCUACACCAGUGUUGGAAUGUCAAUCCACACCGGCACAUACACACCCUUUGCUUUGGGAUUGGUUUUCCUCUGCUUGUGCCAGUUAUGAAGUACACUAGCUGUUAACAGUUUUAAGAACCAGGGUGGAAUGUUCUUCCAGACUAAUGAGGAUGAUUGUUUUUAACAAUGAGGACGAUUUUUUGAAACAUUUUAUUUGGAACCAUUUUUUUUUUUGCUGCCUUUUGAAGGUGAGGACACCUCAGAGUAUUAGGAAAGCUAAGGUAUGAAAUCUGUUGGCUAACAAUUUUUUUUCUUCUGACAAAAUUUAAACGGACUAACGAACAGAAAAACGUCUUGCAACAAUAGCACAAUGUCGACACUUGGCAGGGGAUGAGGUUUAGACUGAAAACAAAAGCGUGAAACGUGCAGAUGCAAGUCUUGAGAGCGAGAAGAUCAAUAAACGGCAAUACAGCAGAGAGACCAUCCCACUUCCAGCUAGCUGUGAGAAAUGAGGCGCGUGCUUAGUAUUGCAGAUACCCCCGCAGUGUUUUCUGCACCGCAGCCUCUUGUAUUAACGCACCGAUGAGCCGCGUUUCGGGGUGAAGGCAAACAUAAACUUGAACAUUUCGGAAAUAAAACAAGCAGUGUUGGAAUUUCAUUCUCGUUAUUCCAAAGCCUUAAAGUAGCAGCGCGUGAUUCUGGUCUCGGAUCCCCGUCAUUAUUUCUCUGCAGUAGACCGAUGUUUAGUGUUUUCUUUUUAGCGCGAGUCGUUUAAAUAGAAGAACGACCUCUUGUAUGUACAACUGGCCACCCCAAAUUGGUCCGUGUCAAUGACGUUUCUUCAUAACUCUCGAGUGCAGGAGAAGGCAGCGAUCAGGGUGAAGGGGGACCUAAGUGUUCCUCCUUAUUUAAAAUCCAUGUGGGCGACUGAAGUCAGACAAGCGGUUUACUUUUCCAAACUGGCUUCUCCUCAAAUUUUAGUUUAGUCAUUGCUUCUUUAUUGGUUUCAUCAGAAUGGCCCAGAGCAGCAGCAGCAGAUUCCUGAUUGGUCAGGACCGCUUGCGACAAUGCCUACUGUAACGUCUAUGAAACAUGGAACUUUUUGGAACUGUUUAGUAAGUGCAGCGCGCACUCUACCUGUCAAGCUGUUUGAGCGAUACUGACAGAAAGUUGAUGCUGAUGCUCCUUAGUUUUGAAAUCGGGGAGGCGUACGAUACUGUGUGUCACCAUGUCAAGAUGCAUUUUUGUUUGUUUUGCCAGUAUUGCCAAGUUUUUCAGUUUUCUUGCAUAUUGCCCCAGAGGAUUUAAGGUGUGGAGCAUAAUUCCCUCACCCAGAAAAACAUCUUGUCUAUUUCUACCCAGCGCCAUAGUACUCAGUAAAGAAGUGCUCAGUUCUAAAGUGGUAUAUCGUUCUAAAGUUGGUCUUGGUUUAUUGAAGAAACCCACUGUUUUUUUUUUCUUUUGCUUUUUUACCAUGAUGCCGGUUGCAUUUCAGUGUCUGCAUAGUUGAUUUAUAUUGAACAAAUCUUUAUCAUGAUUGUUUUUUUUUUUUUAAUUACUUGCAUCCUAAAAUAAGCAGGACCAGGUACAAUUGUUGGUGGGCUACAAAUUAAGGUUCAGCUGUAUUAAUUUACAGUAUUUUUAAUGUUAGUAUUAUAAUUUGGCAAGUGAGUCAGCGCAUUCAUUCAUCUGUAGUCAGCGUAUUGCUAGACAUAAGAGUUAAAGUAUUUUCUAAUUGUGUCACAAAACAGUGUUUGUUUUUACCAAGAAAAGACUCAUUUUCUACUCCUCAGUGAGUCCCUAAAGAUGAACGGAUGCAGGUAACCCUACCCCCCACUCCCCACAUGGCCAGGUGUAACACUGUGUCCAUCAGAUUUAUCUCCCCUGACAGGUUGCCAUAGUGAUACUGCAGAAGCCAGAUAUUACACAAGAUGCAUGUUUUUGGUUUGUUUUUUCCCUGAGGCAAAAUUGGCCCUCAUCUCCGACUCUCUCCGAAUGACAGAAUCUGUCCAGGAAUGCCAUACAUGCAGUGCUGUCAGUGGCUUAGUGUCUACAGUAAUAAAUAAACUAAUAAUGCAUUUUUGUCAUGACAAGCAUUAAAAAACUUUUUUAAAAAUAAUAAGGCACCCUAAAAUAAAAGAAAAAAGAAAAGAUGACAAAAACGAAAUGCAGGGAAGCAGCAGAGAAGAUUUGGGCUUGUAACAUGGAAAGGAUCUGUUGAUUAAGUGCCGGUGCAUCUUUGUAGAGCUUUAGAGAUGAGAGAUUGCCUGCCUGUUCAAAGCAUCUCCAAUCUGCAGGUUGUUUUAAUGCUGAAGACAUGGUCAUGAGAGAGUGACAGAUGGAGAGCUUUUCCAUGCGGGUGCAGCAGACCGACUUCCAACCACAGGUUUCAGUUUUCCAUGACCAGUCAUUUCUAUUCAUUUUAUCAUGCAAUGAAUGAAUGAUGGAAUGAAUGAAUAAGUACAUAAAUAAACAUAACUUGAUGACAGAGAACAAUGAUUUUCACCCAAUGGAAAAAAAAAACAUAGAUCCCCUCCUACGGGAAUGCUGUAAAUGUAAAAUGUUACUUCCUGGUUCGGGUCCAGAGGAGGCCCCGCCCAGACAUGGCGGUACGUGUGGCAGCGGGUCUCACCUCACAUCCAAAUGUGCAGAAUAAUAAAGUCCCUGUGUUGUUCUGUGUACAUGGAGCAAGGAAAUGACAUUUUAAGAUCUCAUUGGAACGGGCCCAGUUUUAAGACUGUAUUGAACCCAUGCCCUUUGAAGGGCUUAUUGGAAAUGGGCUGCCAUCUCAGCUAAGCAACAAAGUUUUCCACAUCAAUAUUUCACCACCACUUUGCCUGAUUGUUACCGUUGUUAAGUGAAGUCGGUCUGUGUUUGCCACAGAUGCACUGAAAAACAGAAGCGUAAUUAGGAUUACUCUAUCAACGGGUUGAUCAUUAAGCUUCGAGUUUGUUUCUGGGUUCUUAAAAGUGGAACGCUUUCCGUUUUUAAAGGGGGGCGAGGGUCGGAUUGAGGUAUAUAAAAACAUUUCACAUUUAAUUGUAUUGAAAAUAAGUAUUCAGCUUAAAAUAUCUGGAAGUUAAGUUUCUCUUUGCUCUAUUACCGAAAUAAUUGCUGUGUGAAGUUGAGUCAGAUCUUCCAGCCUUUUGGGCCUUCUGGUAUCCUCUUCCCCUGAUAGUGCAGACUUUUUUUUGGGUGCUUGACAAAAUAGUCGUCUGAAGAAAGGAAGCUUUAGAAUGUAAUCUACUGGCUGAAGCUGAAAUGCACUGCAUUGUCCUCAUCGUGGUGGUUUCUUUGGUUUACACAUGUCUAGACCUCAUUUCCCUGUGUCUGUAUUGCAAGCUUCUUCAUAAAUAGUGGGGGUUUGAAGGAGGGGUUAGGUGUUGUGGAUUUUUUUUAAGGUACUGGCCUAACCUGAUAUUCAAGAGGCUGUGUUUUGAACCCCCUAAGUAAUUUGUGUAUCAACAGUUGGACAGCAUUCAGGCGCAUAGUUGCAUCAACCAACUCUCACGCACACACUUUAUCAUGCACACACAAAUGCAUACACACACUCUGACACACAGCUCUUGCUUUCACUUCAGCUGAUUGUAAAUGUGCAAAUUAUUUUAUUUUUUAGUUUUUGGUUUAGUUUCUGACUGUCAUAAAUUAUUGACCAUGACUGGAGGUGUGCAGUUUCUGCACUUUUUAACAAUGCAAUAAGAGGUACGGCUACCCCGGCUCAGGAUUUUCUGAGCGGGGGGAGGAAAUUGUUUUCGGAACAGUGUUUGCGAUUGUUUGUAAUGUGGGCUUGGGGACUUUACUGUGUUAUGGGAGCAGAGUUCACUUACGGAACUGAAGAACGGAGUGGAACAGAGUAUUUGGGCUGGAACCUCAUGCCCUAAUGUGACUGUUGUGAGAGUGGCUCCGCCCAUCUGGAUGAGAAUUUAUGGCUCCUCCCACUCUCCUGUGACGACUCCUCCCUGCUCAGUCGCCCAACACACCACACUGCCAGUUUGUGUUUUCAGUGGCCCUGUAUUAAAAUAUAAUGACCACAAUAACAGUAAGAAUAGUAAUAAUAUCAAUGGACUGUACAAUCAGACUGUAAUUGUUAUGUUUUAUUUUUAAUUAUUAUUGUGUAGCUACUUUGUGAUUUUAAUUUACAAAUAAAAAUGCCACUGUCUUUUUA